CAAAAAUUGUCAAGGCCUGGUUGAGGCUAGCAAAUGAAGACCUCAUUAAUGCAUCACGGAAUCUUCAAAUUCAGCUCAUGAAGCGGAAAAGAGAUAAAAUUAAUGGCCAGGCUUCUAAGAAAUUGAAAGCAACUCCAUCUUCGGAUGUUUUUCGCUUGAAAGUUGCCUCCAAGUUAUCGGCACUUUUGAAUACAAGUUUGAAAGAGCUUGGUGAAAAAACAGAGAGCCUUGCAACAAGUAGUGAACUUAGAGAAGUGCAUAGAUUGCCUCUGUUGAGUGGGAGAGUAAAACCUGAAUCUUCUUCAGAACAAGAGGAUAUAGACCCCCUGACAAAAUCUUUGUUGAAUUUCAUAGACUCUGCAAAGAGUAGACUCUCAGAGUUAUUCAAAAAAGAUAAUGAAGUUGUUUAUGCAAAAAAAUUUGGAGUUGAUAAAGAAGAUCUGUUAACAUGUAAGAAUAAGAAUUGCUCAAAAGUUUGUACUUCAGUAGAUCAGGAUUCAUUGCAAGCUCAGAUUUCUGAAAAAUUUCAGUCUCUUUUCAAAAAGGCUUUAAAUUCAAACGGUUUAUCCCAAAAUGUUCAUGAAGUAGAACAAACUGAAACAGAAGUGCAAAUUAUUGAUGAAGAAUGGCAAGAUGUUUCUCUGCUGUUAGAUGAUUUUUUGAAAUCGGCACGGAAAAAAGUUAAUGAUUUGCUUUCUACUAAAAGUGACACAGAACGAAAUAAUAAAUGUAUAGGUGCAUCAGGACCUGCAACUAAACCAUUACAUAAAAAACUCUCGUACAUUCCUAAUUCUAAGUGUAGUAAAUCUGGUAAACAUCUUGGUUGUGAUAGAGCCGGCAAUGUCACACAUGUAAUUGAUAAUGCUACUGCUAGGAAAGCGGAUCUGAAUGGUUCCACACAAAUUCCGGUUCUGACCCAUACUUCUGAGAAAUCAUUAAAAUCUCCCAAAACAGUGUCUUUUGAUUCAAGCUCUUCAGUCAGUUGCUUAUUAGACAAGCCAUCAGUUAGGAAUACAUCUAGUUAUAAUUGUGCUACAAAUUGUGAUCAAGAAUUUGUGCAUGAUUUAACUGUUAAAUCUUUAAAGACUGCCAAUCCUAAAUGUGUCGAAACACAACACAUUAAUUUGGAAAAUACACCAGCUCUUGAAAGUUCUUUUAGUGAGUCAAAUCGUGUCCAUUCUCGAACUCUCAGAAGUUGCUCUUUGCGUAGGUUAACAAUAAAACCGAAAUCCACUAAAAGCUCUACAACUGAGCAGGAUACUUUGCAGAAUCAGAUUCCUAGAAAAAUUUCAACUCACCUGAAUUCUACCAGAACUACUGUCCAUAAUACUAAAUGCAAAUCAUCUGUUGUGAAGUCUUUUGAUAUAACUCCAGUAGAUCCAAGUGCAUCCUUGAAAAAAGCAAACACUGUAGCCAUGGAGUUUGGUAUACCCUACGAAUCUAACUCCUUUGAGGAUCCUUCGAACUAUGAAUUUGAAAGCUUAGAUUAUGGGACGGGAUCUGGCAUUUUGUUGAUGGAUGAAGCUGAACAUGCACCCGAUGUCCUCAACUUGGAAGUUGUGAUAGACGAGGGGAACAACAGUGAUGAAUCAUCAUCAGAACCUGAAGUUCUCUGCUUGGGUGAAAAAGUUCCUACCUAUGAAGUUGUAACAAUAGAAGAAGAUGAUGAGGCAGCACAAGUAGCUUCUGCUGAAGUGGUCCCAGCCAGCUCAACAGGAAGCGAGAAUCUUUCAGAAGAAAAGUCCUUUGAAUGUCCACACUGUGGCAAGAGCUAUAAAGUUGAGUCCCUAUUGAAAUUUCAUGUCAGGAUGCAUGUGUCAUCUGUUGUCCAAGAUCAGUCAACUGUUGGUGAAGAUAAAGCACCCACUAGUCAGGAAGGAAGGUCACAAGAAAAGAAGAAAACCCAAAGGACAAAAAAGUUAGCUCCAGAAAAAGAAUCAAGUGGUGCUGAGAUAAAACUUCAAAAGAAAAAGCAGGCCCGACGUCACAAGAGCCGGCAUUCGUCAUAACUUGCUGUACUUCACUUGCUGUACUUUUUAUGAUCACAGUGCUGAUCUAUAAGCUGGUUAUGUGCUGCUAAUUUUCUAGAAUUGUAUUUUUCAAUUGAUUGUCAUGCAACAUGUUGCUGCUGAGUCAUAUGUUUGUCAUUUUGUUCCUUUAAUUCUUUUCAUUAAAAUUUCAAGAAUUUUGUAUUUUA